CAUGCAAGCGAUCGGAGUGGCGACACCAUAAGCUCCUGGAAUAUAAGCGCAAGCCGCAAGAGGUUAUUUACCGCUCAGCGUGUAUGUAACAGCAUCGAGUGUAUAAGCGUAUCUCGAGUGCCCCUAAAUGAAACCGAUACGGUUGCCCCUGGAUCAGCUAUCCAGGAGCCCUCAAUUAGGGUAUGGAGCUGCAAUGAUAUUUAUAAAUUUAUUUAUAAUAAUUAA